AUGCUUGUCAGAGGCUGCGAUGUUCCAGAGUGCCUGGAGGGAGGAGCCCAGUCGGCCACCUCUGUCCAUUCCUGUCGCAUCUUGGGCUCCCUCCCCCUUCUCGCCUUUUGGCCUCUGCUGGAAGCAGCUAUCAGCCAUCUAUCUCAUGACCCUGAAGAAGCAAUCUUAUCGGUCUCAUCACAAGAGGAAGUACAGGACAGAAGGGCAGGGGAGGGUGAACCCCUGACUGAGAAAACUCCCACCCCACGCUGGCUCCUGGGCUGGGAGGUGCCCGAGAACAGGGGCAUCUCCAGGGUCAGCUGCGUUUUGGUCCAGGCAGGCCCCGAAGAGUUGUUCCUGCUGGCAGAGGGGCAGGUGGCCAACCCCUACCCACCCUGCAAGGGGCCAAGGGCUUGUGGUUUCAGGGCUGGCUAUCCCUUGGGCCAGCCCUCAGGCUUCGCCCCUCUGGGCUUGGUGCGAUGCGUGUUCAGCUGCGAACAUACCCUGAUGUCAGCAGGCAUCUGGGCCAGAGCUGGAGUUCCGCCUGCAGGUCCAGGGGCAGGGGGCUGGGAGGCCUGGCCCUCAGCAGCUCCGGGGAAGGGCGCUGGGGCCUCUCUCCAGGCUCGAUGCCAGCUCAGCAGCACAUGGAAGCCCACUCUGCCAGCAGGGCUCUUGGGACAGCAGACAAUCUCAAGCCCAGUAGAAGCAGCGCUAGGGACAAGACUUGAGUGCCACCUCUUGAUCUCACAGAGCUCAAAGCCCAAGCUCCAAGCAGCCUGCUCCAGCAUCCAGGAGGUCCGGCGCUGCACACGCCUGGAGAUGCCCGACAACCUUUACACCUUUGUGCUGAAGGUGAAGGACCGGACAGACAUCAUUUUCGAGGUGGGAGAUGAGCAGCAGCUGAAUGCGUGGAUGGCCGAACUCCGGGAGUGCACAGGCCGAGGCAGGCUGGAGAGCACAGAUGCAGAGCUGCAUACACCCUCAGCCCUGGAGCCCAGCACAUCCAACUCCCCAAGGGGCAGCAUGGAUUCCCUGAACCAAGGUGCUUCUCCCGGGGGCUUGCUGGACCCAGCCUGCCAGAAGACAGAGCACUUCCUGUCCUGCUACCCCUGGUUCCAUGGUCCCAUCUCCCGAGUGAAGGCAGCCCAGCUGGUUCAGCUGCAGGGCCCCGAUGCCCAUGGCGUGUUCCUGGUACGGCAGAGUGAGACCAGGCGUGGGGAAUACGUGCUCACGUUCAACUUCCAGGGUAUAGCCAAGCACCUGCGCCUGUCGCUGACCGAGCGGGGCCAGUGUCGCGUGCAGCAUCUGCACUUUCCCUCGGUGGUGGACAUGCUGCACCACUUCCAGCGCUCGCCCAUCCCGCUUGAAUGCGGCGCCGCCUGCGACGUCCGGCUCUCCAGCUACGUGGUCGUCGUCUCUCAGCCACCAGGUUCCUGCAACACUGUCCUGUUCCCCUUCUCCCUCCCCCGCUGGGAUUCAGAGCUGGGCCUUGCCCACCUCGGCUCUCCUGGCUGUCCCCGGGGCUUCGGCCCAGAGGGCCUCCCAGGCCGAUCCUCGCCCCCAGAGCAGAUCUUCCACCUCGUGCCUUCGCCCGAGGAACUGGCCAACAGCCUGCGGCACUUGGAGCCUGAGCCCGUGAGUCGAGCCCGGGACUCCGACUACGAGAUGCACGCGUCCUCCCGGAGCCACCUGCGGGCCAUAGACAAUCAGUACACGCCACUCUGAUGGUGAGGCGCCCCAGGCCUUGAGACGCCAUCAGGAGCACAGAGACGUGAACUUGUGAAUGUAACGAUCUUUCCUUCUUCCAGAGAGAUUUAAGGGGCACUGGUAACUGCACGUUCUAGUUUGGAGGUGACCCUUCUAUUGGGCCUGUUAAAGGGCCUCCUGUUAAGUUUCACCCAUCACCUGGCUUUCUCCUUACUGUUUACAGGUGUCGUUCUUGUUCGCAGAUGCCACUAGCUUCUGCCCUGGGUCCCCCAGACCAGUCCCCAUCCCUCUUGGAGGAGGAGGUGGGGUGAAGGCCAGAGCUGGCAGUGGAAACGUUCUUUUUUUCACUGGCACUGUUACAGACGAUGACAGACUUUCUAUGGGAAGGGGGUCAUCAGGAAGCCCAAAACACUAACAAGGCCUGGAUUCUCACAUAGUUUUCCAAUUGUAGCCUCAAUCCACGUGGCAGUUCCUCUGUAACCACGCCACAGAUGGUCACACCUAAUCCUGCUUCUCCUCUCAGCUUUAGGACAAAAGCUCUGUCGGAGGAACAAGCUAAAGAUCAAAAAUGAUGUUAAACAUUUUACCUCAGAUUAAUUUUUUUAAAGGAUUCAGGUUUCAAAACUAAACCAUUGCUUAAUUCA